AUGUAUGUGAAAUGGUUUGAUACAGUAAUGUUUUACUAUGUGAUUUUAGUGAAUGUCACUUUUUGUCAUUUUCAAAUUUCCCGCCGUUCCGUCCCCCGUACGUCCCGACGCUCGCAGGGGACGGAACCCAGAUGACAGAUGCCAGCAUCCGCGGGAUUACAUUGCCGGGGACACUGCAGGAGGGACAUCGUGGGAGCGCAGGACAAGGUAAGUGAAGAACAGAUGCCGGAGCAGCGCCGCAUGGUAAGCCCGAGUGUUGCUCGGGGUUACCGCUUUUGCUACACUCGGGAAUACCGUCAGGGAGGCUAC